GUCUUUCAUCCACGGAGCGAUCGGGCGUGUUAGCUUUACUCGCUUCAGUGGGGCAUGACGUUCAAUACAGGAUAAUAUGAGAUGAUUCAGUGUAUCUAUUUGUUCAUCUGGAUCAUCGAAUGUAAAUAUCAAACUAAAUGGUAAUUUUGAAAAAUCGUCGAUAUAGGAAUUCAUAUCAUAAUGGCGGUUUUCAACGAGGCAACAUGUUUUCGAAUUUUAUUAUGGUAAAUUACGAAUUCUCAACAUAGUAUAAACAGGAUAAGAUGAACGUUUUUUAAAGGGGGGAGGGCAAGCUUUUAACCAACAUUGUUCUCAAUGUUUUUGUGUUUUUUCUUUGUGCUUUUAAAAACUUUGCAAACUUCAGCUACGUCUUUUAAACACAAGAUAAUAAACACACGUAGCAACCUUUAUUAUCACCAUAGUCGAUUGAAAAUAAUUAUUAGCGUGACAAAGUUGUAAUUAAAAUGUUAAUAGACUCAAUUUUUUUAAAAAAAAACAGGGGGUGGAUAAAUAGUAAAAUUUACUCUGGAAUGUAAGCAACUUUUUUUAAAAAAAAACGCAAUUUACAUGGUUGAGUUACUUAGAUUUAACUCAAGUAGAUUUGCUUGGAUGGUUUGUAGGAGGUAGCGAAUAAAGGCUUAAAAAUGGUAGCUGGCCGAAAACACACACACCCUGAUGCAUGUUGGCUUGAGAUAUUUUAAAAAGACUUCGACAGCGAGGACAACAACUGCUGUUCGAGCGAAUUGUUCAAGCUUUACAAAACAAUACCAGAAAGUUUUGUUGAAUGUUUAGUGUUUCACUUGGAAUUAAAAGUUCAGCAAGAUACUAUGGUAUUGCGCACAGCUCCAACUGUAUCUCUGUACAAACACUUACUCCGAAACUUACCAAAGAGAUGGCAACUUGUCGGUUAUCAAGCAGCCGUUAUCAUUCUCACAUUUAUCGCCUACACAUCAUACCACCUAGCGAAGCGCUCUUUCAGUAUUGUGAAGCCUGAGUUGGAAUGCCCCAAAACAAAAAAUAAUUCUUGUGAACCUUGGGUUCCGUUUGAAGAUACUGACAAGAACAAGGACUUGUUCGGAUUGUUAGAUUCUACAUUCUUAGUCUCAUACGCACUUGCUAUAUUUGUGAGUGGCUAUCUAGCGGAACACACAAAUUUGAGAAUCUAUCUUAGCAUUGGUAUGGUUUUAACUGGCGUUUCUACCUGCUUGUCUGGCCUGGCUUACUAUUUAAACAUACACUCCUUAUCGUUCUUCGUCCUUUUUCAAAUCAUUACUGGUAUAACACAUUCCACCGGUUGGCCUUGUGUAGUCGAAGCAGUUGGCGUUUGGUUUCCAGAGGGCCAUCGCGGUUUCAUUAUGUGCACGUGGAACUGCCACAUUUUUCUUGGAAAUAUUCUCGGUUCUCUGGUAGCCGGUGCAUUCGUUAACACCAAUUGGGGUCUAUCGUUCAUUGUUCCUGGUAUUAUUAUUGCAUCCGUAGGAGUGAUUAUUUUUAUUUUUUUGAUACCACAUCCAAGCCAUGUUGAUUUUUACGAACAUAACAAGCAACCCUCCUCCUCAUCAUCAUCUUCCUCUUUAUGUAUGGAUACACUUUCAAAUAAUGAUCCUUUCCAAAGAACUGUCGAAGAAAAAGUUGAACCGAAAGCAAUCGGUAUAUGGGGUGCAUUAAAAAUACCUGGAGUAGUGGAAUAUGCAUUUUGUUUAUUUUUUGCUAAGCUUGUGAGUUACACCUUUCUCUUUUGGUUGCCAUACUACAUCGUAAACACACCAAUCGACGGUAUUAAGUAUGACUCAAAGAAAGCCGCCCAUUGGGCAAUUCUUUUUGACAUUGGUGGAGCUGUCGGUGGAAUCAUUGCUGGUCUGAUGACUGAUAUUACCCAUAAACCGGGCAUUGUGAAUGUGAUUAUGCUGUUAUCUGCUGGUCCAAGUUUGUAUAUGUUUUAUUUUUACGGGACGACCAACGCUACGCUUUUUAUCGCAUGCAUGAUCAUCUCUGGAUUCUUUGUAAAUGGCCCCUACGCGCUAAUAACAACAGCAGUGUCAGCAAGUUUAGGAACACACAAAUGUUUAAAAGGUAACGUUAAAGCAAUGGCAGUUGUAACAGCCAUCAUCGAUGGGACAGGUUCAUUGGGUGCUGCACUGGGACCAUUGUUAGCCGGUGUUAUAGCAUCGUCAUCUAACUCUUGGGCUGGCGUCUUUUACAUGUUAAUAAUUUCUGAUACCCUCGCAGCUUUACUUCUCUCCAGACAGUUUGUUCACGAGAUAAAAGAAGUAUAUUUAGAUUCUAUGAACAGACUAUCACGUUCAAAUAGAGGUCGUGUCAGUAAUAACACUGAGAGCGACCCUUUGCUAAAUCCUACAGAAUAAUUUAUUUACAUAGUAUCUAAUUAUGCACAGAAUAAGUUAUUUACGUCGUAUCUAAUUAUCCUACAGAAUAAUUUAUUUACUAGUAUUUAAUUAUGUACAUUAUUAGUACCUAAUUAUGUAGAAAAAGGAGACAAAUUCCGAUUUUUUAAAAUUUUGUAAUUGUAAAUGUAUGUUAUUAGGAAUCUCUCAUCAUUUACCUGCUGACUUCUUUCAACCUCGUUCCCCGCGCCUGUUGUCUCUUUUUAUUUUGGGAAGGCGAGACGUGCGAUGUUAGAAAAGAUACAAGAUGCCCUAGGAACGAAGUUGAACUUCUUUGUAUCUUUUUUUCAAACACA